CAUUUUCUUUGUCCACGGAUAUUAGGGAACAGGAAAACAAGGUAUUAGAAGAAAAUGGAGCGUAGCUGAUUUAGCAUUAUUUAUUGUGUUUUAUAAAGGUUACAGUAUCAGUUUCCCCCAAAUGAGGUCGUCAUUUCACCUGCAGUUAACAGUUAAGUAAUAAAAACCCUGCUCGAGCCUACAGCAUCGUGACUAAAAUCUUUAUACACUGAUAUGAUAACUUUAGUUGAAACGAGACAGUAUCGAAUUCCCAAAAGGACACUCAGAUUUGCAGGCAAAGUGAUGCUGUUGGGCAGCACUUCACUUCCUUCUAGAAGACAGUGAUUAUCUAUCUGCCUAACCUCUAUACACCCAUGCUACAGAUUUAAGUCCAGAUCAGACUGAAGUUCCACUGAGUCAGGGUCGCCUGUAGGAUAAUCCACGUAUUUGCUGUGCACACCUGAUCAGUCAACAUCAACGUAUAUGAGCUGCCAAAAGGAAUCCAUGCAGGCAUGUCUGUCUUCAAACAGACGAGACUGGCACUGCCCAGUCUGCCUGCAGACGGCCAGAUUCCCAGUCCAGACGAACUGCGGCCAUUUGUUCUGCGCUCCCUGUCUUAUCACCUAUUGGAGGCAUGGGUCAUGGUUAGACGCAAUCAGCUGUCCACUUUGCAGACAGAAGGUCAGCGUGCUCUGCCACCUGUUCAACGAGACCCGAUCAGACCAGCAGUCAAAAGAAGUUCUUGGAGAAAUCACAGCCUACAACAAACGUUAUUCUGGAGCUCCACGCAGGGUAACAGACUACCUCUGUGACACACCCCUGCUUCUGCAGUUACUGGUUCGUGGCCUGGGCACCAUGGGAGGACUCGUGUGGCUGUUUCUGUUCAGGGUUGCUCUGUGCUGCGUGGGGACUGUGAUGUCCAUCUCCUCCCCUGCUCUGGAUGCCGUGUCUUCAUCGAGUACCCUAGAAACAGACCCCUCUCUCUGUGGACUGCUAGGUGUCCUGGACGACCUGGUGGUGGUCAUCCUGCUCCUUAUCUGUGUUAUCAAUAUCAACCAGCAAAUAACACCAGAGAGACACCCUGGAAAUGCUACCACCUCACAGGGAGUGAUGGGAGAUUCACUUUAGAGAGCAUGAGCAGCUGGAGCGUGGCAGCACAAACUGUUAGACAUGGACUUUUAUUGAAUUUCUUCCUUCUGACUGGAUUAGUGGUUAGAAGAAUAUUGACAACUGCACAGCAUGCAACAGUCAAGGUGUUAGAGGUUGUCUGAGCCUCCCCAAAUGUGGAUUCAGAUUCCAGGUGUUUUUGUGAACUGUUUACAGAGUUCAUGCUAAAGUCAAACUAAAAAUAUGACGUUAUGCAAUGUGUAGGUUCAGAUGUGGUUACAAAUCCUUAACCCUUCUUGAGUCCUUAAGUAUUUGACUUGUCUUUGUUUUCCCUUUUAAAAAAAAAAAAAAAAAAAAAUCUACCAGUGUCUAUUAACAUGCAUUGCAUCUUUUAUAUUUUAAUAAUCUAUAUUAUUUUUUUAGCUUGCGAUUUCCCAGAGACACAGAUAGGAGUCUUUUGGGUCCAUUAUAUAAAAAACAAAAAGAAAAAAACCCAAACGUGUUGUUCCAGUAAGCUACAGAACAUGUGUCACGUCAGUACUGUAUUAUUGACAUCCAUGUAAAUACUUGACAUUGUAUAAAUUUAAGUUUUUAUGGUUUAAAUAAAGAAUAUUUAUUGAUUUA